GCGGAGCCUUGCGCAUACGAGUGGCGUCGCAAAGCACUGAAAGCGGUCUGAAUUCAAACGAAUUGCCUCAACACCUCGACGCAUCAUGGCUAUACGACGUCACGUCGGCUACAUCAUCAUGGAAGCGAGACAAAUUAUGGCGUUGCAACGAUGGCCCCGUAUACGAUGACCAGAUCUAUAAAGCCUCCUCGUCGUCUCAUUGAAGAACGAACCAACACCGACAACGCCAAACCUCCCAUAUACCCAUCCCGCUCAACCAUAUCAAAUAUUCAAGAUGCUCUCCAAGAUCACCGCCCUCGCUCUCCUCGCCACCAGCGCAUCCGCUGCAGUCCUUCCCCGAAGCGCAGACUGGACUUGGGACGUCGUUGCCUUCAGCAGUGUCUGCACCGCAUCAGCAUGCCGCUACUCCUUCAACGUCUCCGCACCCGCUGGUCCUUCCGGCCAGCCAGCUUUCGACGCCGAAUUCUGCUCUGGCACUAGUCUCCAGGGUGGCUACAAAUCUUGCGGUGCGGUAGGGAUUGAUGUACCGGGUGACGUGCAGACGCAAGAGUUCAAUCGUGGGAGUGAUGUUGGCGCGACUGUUAGUGUGCAGUACACGUUUACGCAGGGUGAAGUGAGGUACACGUACACCGGUAAUGAGACUGUUAAGCAUACUGGACUGGGUCCUUCGGUGAACUUUAGCAUUGUUCCCACGGAGGUGACUGCUGUCGCCUAGGGAGGUCAUUGGGUCGCGACGCACGGAAUAAGAGGAAGGUAGCAUGAGUACAGCACGGCGAUCUGGAAAACGGCGAACUCAAGUAAAUAUACUAUGUGUGUGUAUGCUACCUCU